AUGCUGACUUUCAAAGGGCGUCUCAGCGCCGUCUCGCAGAAUAUGCGAUCUACGAUGGAGAAGGAGUAUGAGGGACGGGGGGAAGAGAAGGAGGAGGAGGAGGAGGAGGAGGAGGAGGAGGAGAACGACCAUCUGACUUUAUUUCAUAUCCUCGUAUGGCCCAAAGUGUGGUGGCCUUACAACCAGAGUAUUCAUGCAAGCGACAAAUACAACACAAGUACCGAGCUCCAACAGCAACCCCCAGCUACUCACAAAGGACACCAGACCGACUGGUCUAGAAGCAAUGGAGCGAACCGGAAGGCAACGCUGCACGAUUUCAAUAUUUUUGACAGGUGA